UGCUGCAAGCUAGAGCAGACUGUUUUCGCACCGCACUCCACCCUUCUCAGACCUCAGUUUGGGAGCUGAUGUGUGGCAAGUGGAGUUGGGCAAGGCUGGAUUAAACAUUAAUGUAGCUGUAACCAUCACCCAUGGGAGAAAGCUUGAGACAGAGCUCCGCGAUUUUCCCAGGCUGAGGAGUGGUGACUAGCAGUCAUGGCUCAGUUUGGCCAGAUUCUUUCUGAAAUAGGUGACUUUGGUCGCUUCCAGGUACGGUUACUGAUCAUGGUGAGUGUUCCCCACUUGCUCUAUUCCUUCUAUAUAUUUGGCCAGGUUUUUAUAGUCCUGGAUGAGCCCCACCACUGCUCGGUGGCCUGGGUCCAGAACAAAACUUUGAACCUGAGUGCUGAAGAGCAGCUGAAUCUGAGUGUCCCUCUGGAUGCGGAGGGCCAGCCCGAGUCCUGCCUCAUGUUCCGGCCACCCCCUGACACUGCCAGCCUGGAGGACAUCCUCAGCCACCACUUCAAUGAGACACAGCCUUGUGAGACUGGCUGGGACUAUCCUGAGCACAGAGCCCCCUCCCUACUGAAUGAGUUCAACCUGGUGUGUGAUCGGAAGCCGCUGACACAGACCUCGCAAUCAGUGUUCAUGGCAGGACUCCUUGCAGGGGCCCUCAUCUUCGGGCCACUCAGUGACUGGAUUGGCCGUAGAACCUGUGUCCUGCUGCAGCUGCUCCUGAUUGGCAUCCUGGGCCUGGUCACGGCCUUUAUGCCCAGUUUUGAGCUCUACAUGGUGCUACGCUUUGCUGUGGCUGCUGCCAAUGCAGGAUGCUUGUUAAGCACUAUUGCCCUGAUUUCAGAGUGGGUUGGGUCCUCCUGGAGGACUCGCACCAUCGCAGUGAUGCAGGCCGUCUCUGCCGUCGGACAGAUGGUUCUAGCUGGACUUGCCUAUGGUAUCCGAAACUGGAGAUACUUGCAAAUUGCUAUCUCUGCUCCCACCUUCCUGCUCUUCUUCUACUUCUGGCUUCUGCCAGAAUCUCCACGGUGGCUCCUCAUCUACAGGAAGAUGGAGAAGGCCAAAAAACUGGUCCAGAAGGCUGCUGUGGUCAACAGGCGGGAGCUCUCUGCAGAGCUCUUGAACCAGCUGGCCCCAGAGGAGAAAGGCCCCUCAGGGAGUGUCUUAGAUCUUUUUAAACAUCCCUAUCUCCGGAAGGUGACUCUGAUUCUCAUCUUUGUCUGGUUUGUGGACAGCCUCGUGUACUAUGGCCUUAGCUUCCAAGUGGGGGAAUUUGGCCUGGACAUCUACCUGACACAGCUGAUAUUUGGAGCAUUUGAAGUGCCUGCCCGCCUUUUCAGCAUCUUCUUGAUGGAGAGGUUGGGCCGCAAGUGGAGCCAGUCUGGGACGAUGAUUUUGGGUGGUGUCAUGUGCUUGGUCAUUGCCUUCAUCCCUUCAGAUCAGCCUGUGGUGAUCACCGUGCUGGCUGUGGUGGGAAAGAAUGCCUUAGCUGCCAGCUAUACCGUCUCCUACGUGUACACUGCUGAGCUCUUCCCCACAGUCAUCCGGCAAACGGGCAUGGGGCUGGUGAGCAUCUUCUCAAGGAUCGGGGGCAUCCUCACACCACUUAUCCUCCUGCUGAGCGACUACUAUGCGGCCCUCCCUAUGCUCCUCUUUGGCAUCAUCCCCAUUGUGGUAGGGGUGCUUGGUAUCCUGCUGCCAGAGACACGUGGCCAGAGUCUGAAGGACACCAUCCAGGACCUGGAUCAGCAGCAACCCCCAGGACAAAAAGAAACCAAUAUGGAUUCCAUGGAUCCGCAGACAUCUGUGAAGCUUUGAAACAGAACCCUCCUACUUUAAGGUGUGGCGUGGUGAGGAAUAUGGCCAUGGGACCAAUUUCUGAACGUCAGUUACAGAUUUUUGCUCUGUCCUGGUCCUUGGAUUCAGAGACUUCAGCAAAACAAAGGAGAUCAUAGACAAUUCUUCAAACCUAAGGAUGGCCUUUGUGCCCUUGUCAUACUUCUGACCAUGUUCACUAAGAUGCAGAUCAUCACCAGCAGGGAACACUCUACUCCUUCUCUGGAUGUUGCCAGACACCAAAAUCAGCAUGUGUCAUGCAGGCAGCAUGCCAUGACCUGGCCACAGCCCCAGCCUCAGCCACCCACUGCUGAGUACCAUUCAGAUGUGUCAGGAACAGUUCCUCCCCUGCCCCGACCCCUCACCUGUGAUGUCCCCAGAACUUAACCCCAAUAACCUCCAUCAGAGUCUUUAGCAUUCCCUUGGCUUUGCUCAUUUUCUUAUCAUUUGUUUUUCCUGAUUCUCCCAACCUGGGUAGCUCCACUGUGAGCAGCCUGAAGCCCAGAGCAGAGUUCCACGUAGGGCUUUCCAAUGUUGUGGGAGCAAGCAGAGAGGAAUCAAAGUUUGGAGCUGUGAGUUGUACCCGGACAGGUGGAGAAAUUGCUGGGCAAGAGAAGAGAAAGUGAUGGCUUAUUCUAGGCAUUGGCUCAAACCUUCUCUGUGUGGUGUUUAGGCCCAGAAGACAUUUCAUCUGAGAGACUGGUCAACCUCACAGCUACAGUCCUGCAUUCUCCAUGAAGAUCACUCACCUGCUGCCUGACACUUUGCUUAUACCUAACUUGGGUGUGGCUCAGUGGCCAACAUGGGGAAAGGGAGAUCAGUUCUGUUUCUCUAUUCAACUCUAUACCAAAGAAUUCGACAACUUAGAUGAAAUGGAUAAAUUCCUUGGAAGAGAAAUAAUGAAAGCUUACUCAAGAAUAAAUGUAAAUCCUAGGUUUGUGAGUAUAAUUCAUUCCAGAAAUAGGCUUGCAAUUUAGUGCCCUAUGGAAGCAAAUUUUCCCAUAAGAAAUAAGGGACAAUCAGAUGAUUGGUUCCACAACCCAAAAAUAUUCAGAUGGCCAUGGCUGCGAUUCCUUUAACGUAACACAAAAUAAUAAAUAAAAUACAAAUAUGAAGCAAAAUAAAGUAAGCUGCACUCAUCUUUGAAGUCCUCAUUGCUGUUGUGACAGAGUGAGGAGUUAAACUGUAGGAGGACUUUCAAAUCACAGAAUCAUUGCUGCCUGUUAACUCAGCUUCUCUCCUGCACCUUUAACAAGGAAUCCAUCCAAUGCUCCUUACUUUCGUCUCCUGUGGAUGAUUUUGCAGAAAAGCAACAUCAUAUCAUCGUUGAACAGAUUCAUCACAUGCAGUGCUUAGCAUUCUUUGCGUAGUUCUUCACUACAGAAGUUUGCAGUUUCCUACAUUUUACACGUCUACCUGAUCUCCUCAGCAGACGAGGUGUCAUGCAUAACCUCUAGCUGUUGGCAGACGAUCACCCACAGUCUCACAGCAUGAGAGAGCAAGAAACCAUUGGCUCAGUUGUGAUCACAGAUGUUUGGUGUCACAUGCCAUUCAUAUUGCAAGACUUUAUCAAUUUAAAAUUUAUUUUUUAUAAUUAUAUUUAUUUGUACCUUUUAGGUACACAUAAUGACUACAUGCAUCAUGUUGAAUUUGUACCAGUAAAUGACAUAGCUUGAUUCUUUUUUCUCCAUGUCCCCACCCUUCUUUUAACUCUUC